UGGUGCUAUGGCAUAAAGUAGGGAGGACCUGGGUGACUGGAGGAAUCGUUCGCUUAAAGGCGCGCUCGAUUUGCGGCGCUCUUUGAGAAGAGGAAGAGGUGGAGAGCUGGGCAAAACUUGCAGAAAAACUGUAGCCAGUUUCUUGCCCUUGGGCUUUUUGUUCCUUCCAUCUCGCUUCUGCGUCCCCUCGACGGGAAUCUGGGGCAGAGGAGAGGAAGGAGCGGAGAUCCUUUCUCCAUGCAAACAGGCAGAGGGCAAAGAACAGAACUGAGGCCGGGGCGAAGUGGGCGGUUCCCGCCUUCCUAAGCCGUACGGGAAAGCCGUCGCUGCCCCCGGCGCCCGGAGAAGAGAGCGCUGCCCGCUCCUCGCGCCACGCUGCCCUGUAGGAAGCGCGCGGAGGCAGGAGCAGCAGCAGCGGCCGCUCGCGGGGAAGAGAGCGCCUCGGCCUCCCUGCUGGAGCAGCAGAACAGGGCGGGGUUGGCGACCCUGGCCAUGGCGGCAAUCCGCAAGAAGCUGGUGGUGGUUGGAGACGGGGCGUGCGGGAAGACGUGCCUGCUGAUCGUCUUCAGCAAGGACGAGUUCCCGGAAGUCUACGUGCCCACCGUGUUCGAGAAUUACGUGGCUGACAUCGAGGUGGACAGCAAGCAGGUGGAGCUGGCGCUUUGGGACACGGCCGGCCAAGAAGACUACGACCGCUUGCGCCCCCUCUCCUACCCAGACACCGACGUGAUCCUCAUGUGCUUCUCCGUGGACAGCCCCGACUCCCUGGAGAACAUCCCGGAGAAAUGGGUGCCCGAGGUGAAGCAUUUCUGCCCCAACGUGCCCAUCAUCCUGGUGGCCAACAAGAAGGAUUUGCGCAACGACGAGCACGUCCGCAACGAGCUGGCGCGCAUGAAGCAGGAGCCCGUCCGCACCGAGGACGGCCGAGCCAUGGCCAUUCGCAUCCAAGCCUACGACUACCUCGAGUGCUCGGCCAAGACGAAGGAAGGCGUGCGGGAGGUCUUUGAGACGGCCACGCGAGCGGCUUUGCAGAAGCGCUACGGCACCCAAAACGGUUGCAUCAACUGCUGCAAGGUGCUAUAAUGCUACGGACGGCGGGGGAGGGGGCGGGAGGCAGGUGUGAGGGGACUGGGCUGGCUCCUGAAGCCCGACGGAGGAGCGCCGCCCGCAGAACACACCGGG